AUGAACAAUGUGUUAGUAAUAGGAGGUGACGGGUUCCUCGGUCGUUGGAUAGUAGAACUAUUGCUUCGUCGUAAUUCUGACCCAGACCAACCAAAUUACGCGAUUUCAAUUUUCGAUUUACAACAGCGAUACUUCGAGGAAACACUAACUUACUAUAUUGGAGACCUCACGCAAUACGAAGAUAUUAGUUCAGCAAUUGUAAAAUCUCGCGCGAAAUUCUUGAUACAUACAGCGUCACCACCGCAUGGCUUAAGUUCCAAAAUAUAUUGGGACGUCAAUGUGGGCGGGACGAAAAACAUACUAAAAGCUUGUUUGGAGAAUGAUGUCGAAAAAUUAGUGUACACCAGUAGUGCUGGUGUUCUGUAUGAUGGAAUUAAUGAUUUGAUCAAUGUCGAUGAGACCGCUUCGUUUCCGGAAGUUUUCCAUGAUAGUUACCAUGAGACAAAGGCAGAAGCAGAGAAAAUUGUGCUUGAAGCAAAUGGACAAAAUAACCUCUUGACUUGUGCUAUUCGUCCAUCAGCCAUAUUUGGACCUCGAGAUCAGCAAUUAGUAGCAGGAAUGAUAAAAGUGAUGGAACGAGGUCAAACAAAAUUUCAAAUCGGUGAUAAUUUCAAUUUAUUUGAUUUCACGUAUGUCGAGAAUGUCGCGUAUGCUCAUUUGCUUGCGAUGGACAAGUUGAGUAGCGAUCCUGAUAUUAAAGUAGGCGGCGAGGCAUUCAUAAUCACUAACGGGACUCCUAUUCCAUUCUGGGACAUGCCACGAUUUAUCUGGAGCCAAUUUAAUCAUGUUCCACCAUACUAUAUAAAACUGUCACGAGCUGCCGGGCUCGCUCUGGCUUAUUGUGCCGAAUGGGCUUGUUACCUGUUCAAUCGUGAAGAAGGGUUCACUCGAUACCGAGUAAAGUUCGCGUGUUCAUCACGUUACUUUAAUAUCAACAAAUCGAAGACUAUACUUGGAUAUAACCCGCCUGUUGAUUUAGAAGAAGGAAUCAAACGCACUUGUGGGUCUUUUGUACAACAAUAUUCGAAAAAUGGUAAAGAAUCGUGA